UUUGCCCAUAUAUGGCGCUAUGGGGGCGUGGUUUGUGCCGCUCCUCAGGAGGCGCCGCCCAUUUUUUCCCCGCCCCUUUCUCUCCCCCUCAGGAGCCGCCGCCAUUUUGCCCCCCCCAGCCCCGAUCGGGUCUCCGGUCAUGGCGCUGGUCUCGGCCGAUUCGCGCAUCGCGGAGCUGCUGGGGGAGCUGCACCAGCUCAUUAAACAGACGCAGGAGGAGCGCUCCCGCAGCGAGCACAACCUGGUGAACAUCCAGAAGACGCACGAGCGGAUGCAGACGGAGAACAAAAUUUCCCCCUAUUACCGCACCAAGCUCCGCGGGCUCUACACCACAGCCAAGGCCGACGCCGAGGCCGAGUGCAACGUUCUCCGGAGAGCUUUGGAUAAAAUCGCCGAGAUCAAAUCGCUGCUGGAGGAGCGCCGCAUCGCGGCAAAAAUCGCUGGGAUUUACAGCGAGGCGGAGCCGCCCAGGAAGACGAUGAGGAGAGGGGUGCUGAUGACGCUGCUGCAGCAGUCGGCCAUGACGCUGCCGCUGUGGAUCGGGAAGCCCGGGGAAAAACCCCCUCCCCUGUGCGGGGCCGUGCCGGCCGCCGGCGACUAUGUGGCCAAACCCGGGGACAAAGUGGCCGCGAGGGUCAAAGCCCUGGAAGGGGACGAGCAGUGGAUCCUGGCCGAGGUGGUCAGCUACAGCCACGCUGCCAACAAGUAUGAGGUGGACGACAUUGAUGAGGAAGGGAAGGAGCGCCACACCCUGAGCCGCCGCCGGAUCAUCCCCCUGCCGCAGUGGAAAACCAACCCGGAGACGGAUCCCGAGGCGCUUUUCCACAAGGACCAGCUGGUGCUGGCCCUUUAUCCUCAAACCACCUGCUUCUACCGGGCCCUCAUCCACGCCCCGCCUCAGCGCCCCCAGGACGAUUAUUCCGUGCUUUUCGAGGACACCUCCUACGCCGACGGUUACUCCCCACCCCUGAACGUGGCCCAGCGCUACGUGGUGGCCUGCAAGGAGACCAAAAAGAAGUGAAAGUUUGGGAGAAAUGACCGAAAAUUCAGGAAAAACGGCCGGAAGUUCAGGGAGAAUAUCCCAGACUUAAGGGAGGGGUGAAAAAAAAGGGGGUUGG